AUGCGUUUCGGUCAGACGCUGAAGAACUCGGUCUAUGCACCGUGGAAGGACAAAUACCUCGAAUAUGACAAGAUCAAGAAGCUGCUCCGCGAGGAUGAGACCUCUCCGCAGGGCAGAGGAGGCGCCGAUAGCAGCACACAGUGGACUGAGCGAGAUGAGGAAAACUUCGUGCACGAGCUUGUCAACGUACAGCUCGAAAAGGUUCACAAGCACCAACUUGACACAGCGACUACCAUCCGAGACCGUACCACUGCGGCCGAGACGAAGCUCCAGCAGACCACGGACGGCUCCGCUGAGUCGGACGAGCAGAAAAAGAAGGUGGCCGAGGAGACGCUGAAGGAGCUGGACAGCAUAUCGAAGGAGAUCACAGAGCUUAAGAAGUUCAGUCGAAUCAACUACACUGGCUUCCUCAAAGCUGCUAAGAAGCAUGACCGUCGUCGGGGUCAGAAAUACCGCGUACGGCCCAUCCUACAGGUCCGCAUGGCUGAGACCCCCUUCAACUCUGAGGACUACCAGCCACUGCUAUUCCGGCUCUCUACCAUGUACACUUGGAGUCGGCAGGUCCUGGAGGGUGAAGAAGCCGAUCGGACGACAUCGCAGACCAGCGUCCGCCCACAAGAUACGUAUAAAGCUUAUAAGUUCUGGGUUCAUGCCGACAACUUGCUCGAAGUCAAGACUCAUAUACUUCGUCGGCUACCUGUCCUCGUCUACAAUCCACAAUCGCUCAAGGUGGUUGAUUCUUCGCAGAAAGAUCCUACUAUGACCUCAAUCUAUUUCGACAACGACAAGUUCGAGCUGUACGCCGCAAAAGUUGACAAGACCGAGGAAGCGGGCUCUCUGAGGCUGCGAUGGUCCGGCCAGCUGGCGGAUAAGCCAGAGAUCGUCCUCGAGAAGAAAACGGUGAGCGAUGCCACUGGAAGUCGCGACAUCCGCGUUACGCUCAAGCAGAAGUACAUUCAGCCCUUCUUGAAAGGAGAGUACAAGAUGGAGAAGCAGAUCUCUAAGCUAGAGGAGCGUUUCGGUGCCGACUCCAAAGAAGCACGCGACUUCAAGAGCAAUGUUGAAGAGAUCCAAAACUUCAUCAAGGAAAAGGACAUCGAGCCUGUCCUUCGUGCAAGCUAUACACGGACGGCAUUCCAGAUCCCGGGCGAUGACAGGAUCCGGGUAUCACUGGAUACCGAACUGGCUCUUAUUCGCGAAGAUGCCCUCGAUACAGAUCGCCCAUGUCGUGACCCCGAGGACUGGCAUCGUUCAGACAUCGACGACCGCCAACUUGAGUUUCCCUUCUCCAGCAUCAAGAAGGGCGAGAUUGACAGGUUUCCUCACGCCAUUCUCGAGAUCAAGGUCAAGGACUCCAAGUACACCCGCAACAACGCCUGGCUGGCCGAUCUGAUGAGCUCGCAUCUUGUCAAGGAAGCUCCAAAGUUCUCCAAGUUCGUUCACGGUGUUGCAGAGCUCUUCGAGGAUUACGUCAACAGCUUUCCAUUCUGGCUGAGCGAUUUGGAAACCGAUAUUCGGCGUGACCCGGAGACUGCAUUCCAUCAGGAGCAGGAGAGACAAGAACAGCAGGCUGCUGACGAGGUGGCUGUUGGAAGCUUCAUUUCCAAAUCCAAACUCUCGUCAUCCGCGGUGGCUGGCAGAUUUGGAUCACCGUCAGCGAAAGCAGGCUCACCCUUGGGAAAGAGGGCCAGCAUAUCGAGAGCCAUGUCAACGAGUGUGCCUCAGAAGAGCAACCAAGUGGAGUCGGCUGUCGAGGAGCGUGACUCCGAUGACGAUGGCCUGCAAGGCGAUUCCGGUAUUAGCGCAAGAGACUCAACUGGAAUAACGUCAUUCCUACCCUUCUCCAACUCUCGCUAUGCUCGUCGCCAUCGCCACCAAGGGAGAGGCUGGGAAGAUGCUCCUCUUCCGGUCGGCGUUGAGAAGCCUUCUUUCUGGAUCAAGGAUCAAGGCCCUCUCAAGGUGGAAGCCAAGGUCUGGCUUGCCAAUCAGCGUACCUUUGUCAAAUGGCAACACAUUGCUGUCCUCCUGGCUACGCUUUCACUUGGUCUCUACAAUGCCGCCGGCGUCGACAACACCGUGGCUCGCGUCCUGGCUCUGGUUUACACAGGCUUCGCCGUAUUCGCCGGCGCGUGGGGCUGGGGCGUCUACAUGUGGAGGAGUAAGCUCAUUACCGAACGAAGCGGCAAAGAUUUUGACAAUAAAAUCGGUCCAUUUGUAGUCAGCCUUGGCCUGGCCGCGGCGCUGGUUCUGAAUUUUGCGUUCAAAUACCAAGCUGCCGUUAACAAAGAGGAUUUGGUGAUUCAAGAGGAGCUGUGA